GGUUUUGCUAAAAUCCCAACUUCAUUCUACAUCGGCUCCUCUCUACAUCGGCUCCUCACAACGCGAAUUGAUUCGUCAAGGUUUCUUCCCGCCAACAGCAACAAUGGCGGACGAAGGCCGCGCAAACAAAAAGCGUAAGAGGGCGAAGCGUCGCCGGUCUGACAGAAAUAAAGAUUUUACCGAUAGUAUACCGGAUGCUACUGAGACCAGUGGCCAAGACAUCGUUGUUUCUACUUCUUCUGAUGGCAAAAACUCUCGGAGGGCUUCUGGCUCGUCUAGUUUUCUCGAUAAGAUGCGAGCUCGUUUAUCAGGAGGGCAUUUUAGGAUGCUUAAUGAGAAGUUGUAUACCUGCACAGGGGAAGAGGCGCUUAAUUAUUUCAAUGAAGAUCAGGUUCUGUUUGAUGUGUAUCAUACAGGAUACCAAGAGCAAAUGUUGCAUUGGCCUGAGCUGCCUGUGAAUUUAAUCACAAAAUGGCUGAAAGAGCACGAUCCCUCGUUUAUUGUGGCUGAUUUUGGCUGUGGGGAUGCACGCCUUUCAAAGAAUGUGAAGAAUAAAGUUUUCUCAUUUGAUCUGGUUUCCAAAGAUCCCUCUGUUAUUGCUUGUGAUAUGUCGAAUACACCUCUCGACUCUUCAUCUGUGGAUGUUGCUGUCUUUUGCCUUUCACUUAUGGGGGUCAAUUAUGCAAGUUACUUGGCAGAAGCACGAAGAGUACUCAAACCACGUGGAUGGCUUUUAAUAUCAGAAGUCAAAAGCAGAUUUGACCCAAGCAACGGAGGAGCCGACCCCAACGAGUUCGUAAGGGCUGUUUGUGAGCUAGGAUUCGUCUCAGCGUUGAAGGACUUCUCAAACAAGAUGUUUAUUUUGUUAUACUUCAAGAAAAAGGAUGAGAAAAUUUCUAAUGGGAAAGAUAUUGAUUGGCCACAACUAAAACCUUGUCUGUACAAACGUCGCUGAGCAUCAACUGUAGAGUUCGUGUUGUAGUUCUUAUCGAAAUUCAUGUAACCUGAAAUGUUGGCUUAGUUGAGCAAUUACUGAAGUCCGAAGCUUUCUUGGGUGAUUCAUCUCUCCAAAGGGUGUCAGCUGAACACGAUGAAUGAAUUGGUUUAGUUUGUUUCUGAAUGGAUCAAUUAGAUGUUAGGUUUUUGAAACAGAAGAUCGAAUAAUUUCGAUCAAUUUUGUCGUUGGGUCGGUUUCGAAAGGAUCGAUGAUUAGUUUGUGUUUUCUUGAGAGAUUAUUUUGGUUAAAUUAUAAGUUUAAUGCUUGAAAUUUGAUGUUGGUGCUUA